AUGCAAAAAUUAGCUUGCCUGAAUUCAAGUACCCUUCUCAAAAUCCUGAUAUUUCAUUUUGAUGAAGAUUCUAAUUCUGGUGACAAAAGUCCGACAUUUAUCGUCUUGUCUCCUCUGUGCAAACAAUUCAGAAAUUGGAGAAAAGAGGAUAUACCGCACAUUAUUGGAACCUUGAAAAAGGUACACGAUAUGAAUAUAAUACAUCGCGAUUUUCGGAAAUGGAAUCUGUUAAGAGAUCAGGAUGGUAACGUUCGUAUAGCGGAUUGGGGAUUUGCGGUGAAAGCUAAUCAAUCAACUGCUUUUGCUGGAUCUUUGGAAACAUUGCCGGAUAAUGCGCUACAGAAGGUCAUUGAUGGAAAGGAAAUCACAUAUACUCCUAGCAUCGAGUUAAUCUCAGUG